UCUCCGUAAUCACGUGACUACGGUCGGCUUGCUCUUUAAAAAAGGGCGGCGCGUCUGGAAAAAAAUGGCGGACGACCCGUUGGAAAUUGAUCUGGAUGCAUCAGCUGAAGCCCUUGUCAGCCUCAAAGGUGGUGGUAAAGUCAACAGUAAUGGUACCCCGGCCACACCCCCUCGGAGAGGAAAUCCUCCUCGAGUACGUAAACGGAAUCGGCUCAUUUUCAAUGAUGAUGAGGAUACGUCAUUGUCACCAAUUCGGUCACCCAGGAAAGUGAACAAAACGUCACACAAUACGAGAAACUCAACUCAGGCAUCAAUGAGUGUCCCAGACAAGAAAGCUGCCCAGAGAAUCGGCUCCAGACUCAAGAACCUGCUCAAGUUGCCCAAGGCUCACAAGUGGUGCAUCUACGAGUGGUUCUACUCCAACCUGGACAAGGCCCUGUUUGAGGGUGAUAAUGACUUCUGUGUGUGCCUGCGGGAGUCUUUCCCCCAGCUGAAAACCAGGAAACUCAGCAGGGUGGAAUGGUCCAAGAUUAGGAGGCUGAUGGGAAAACCAAGGAGGUGUUCAUCAUCAUUCUUUGCUGAGGAGCGGUCAGCCCUGGAAGCCAAGCGCCAGAAGAUCCGCCUCCUCCAGCAGCGGAAGGUGACGGACAUCAGCAACUUUAAGGACCUCCCAGACGAGAUCCCGCUCCCAUUGGUCAUCGGCACCAAGGUCACAGCCCGUUUGCGAGGCCCCCAUGACGGGCUGUUCACGGGUCAGAUCGAGGCGGUGGACACAGCCAACACCUCCUACAGGGUGACGUUUGACAGACCCGGACUGGGCACACACACCAUUCCUGAUACUGAAGUCCUGAGCAAUGAACAACAGGAGACCAUGCCCCUCACAGCUUUUGCACAAAAGCAAAGACCUCGGCAACAGUUUCUCACCCCUCCAAGGUUUUCACUCUCCAACAGCUUGCAGUCCCCAGCCUUUGCCCAUGACCCGAUGCUCGGCCAGUCUCCACUCCGAAGCAGGUUACACGGGAUAGAAGGAGGGACACUGGGAGGGUUCCCUGUCAAGUUCCUCGUCAUGGUGACCCGGUUAUCAAAAGUCUUACUGAUCAAGAAGGACCGGAUCAAGGACCUGAGGGAAAUGAACACCCAGGCAGAAAAAACUAAAUCGCACGGUGAAAGUGUGGAUGUGGAGUUCCAGAAGAAAUAUGCCACCCUGGUCCUGGAGCUGGAGAGGCUGAACAGGGAACUCAACACUUACCUGAUCGGGGUCCAACAGUACUGCCAGGAGAUUGCUCCAGAACAGGGACUGGAGACGAUAAAGGAACCUGUAGGCUCGGGGCUAAAGAAGAGAUGUGAGGAGGACGCCAUGGAGAUCCUGCAGAGAGCAAACGAGGGGAACGGCACGAAAACAGUGCAGAGUCAGGACGCCUGUCAGCUCAUCACCAAACUCACAUCGCUCAUGCUACAGAUUAAGGCUUUGGCUGAGAAUGAGCUGAACUCGUAUGAGUUCAAGUCCCUGUCAGACGCCCUGGAGGACAUCCGGCAGAGGGUGGACUGUGCCAACCUCAGCUGCUUCCAGAACAAUGUGGAGAUCCACGUGGCGCACGUCCAGAGCGGCCUCAGCCAGAUGGGGAACCUGCAUGCCUUCGCACAGAACACAAACAACGACUUGUAAAUAACCCAAUGAUUCCCCCCAGUAUGUAGGAAGCCCCAUGUCCUGCUGCUUUCCCUACGACAAACAGCAAGAUGUGCAUAGAACAUUUGUGUCGCCAUGUUGUACUGGGAUGUGUUUGUAAAAAUUAGUGCUAAGGCAUGCUUCAAUGGGCAUGACAUGCUCAACUGUUCCCUGUUUUCAAACAAUGGGAGUAAUCCAGUCACUCUUUUCAAGAGUUAGGUUAGUCCUGUCAGAAAAGUUGCUUUCUCAAUUAUGGAAGGGAAAUUUUGGUAUGAAAUCAUCCUCUUUGUUGUACAGUUAUGUAGGCUUAUUCAAUUUGCUUUCUGAUUGCUUGUUUAUUUUGAUCUCCAAUAUUUAGAUUAAGAUUGUAUCUGUCUUCAUAUCUCAGAAAAACACCGUAGAAAAUUGACAAAACAAUGAAUGUGGUAAUAGUACCAGAAUAGUAUUCACUAUAUGUAUUUUAAGGAGGACUGGUAUUUUAAGGAAGACUAACUUGGAAGUUGAGUUUGUUUGUGCCCGUUGCUGCAUUGUCUUGCAGGUCUCUUCUAUAACAUCUCCCAUGUGGUGUUCAUCCAACAAUUGUUACUGCCUCUUGUCAAUAAUAAUGAUGAUACUAUUGUGGCUUCGGUAGUUGGAAAGAACAAAUGUUAACAUGAAAUGCUGUUUCCAUUUUGCUAAUUCAAAAAUUGGGCAUAAUUUUUUUGCCUAUAGUACAUGUAUACUGCACAUUUAUAUUAUAUAGACUCCCAUAGUGAAAAUGAAGUAUUGUUAUCGACCUCUAUAGAUAGAUUGUGGUCAUUUAAGAGGAUGGGUUUUGCAAGUUAUUGAAGUUGUGAGUAAAAGAAUGCGGGUGCUUUGCCUUUUUGCUUUGCAUUCAAUUAUGGCUAGACACAGAAUGAAUUUUCACUGAAAUGUUCAAUACCUGAAUGAAUGUGAAUUUGCGCAUGGAAUAGAUAGAUCAAUAAGAGCAGUUUGGUUGGGAAAUCAGACCAUUUCUUAUUUCUGUUUUACACGUAGGUGCAAAUGUCUUAUUACACAUGUAUCAGUUUAUUGGCAAACAAUCUCUCUACAUUCCCUGUAGUUUACAUUAUACUACUGCAGAAUGUAGUUGCUGCAAAAAUGAGUUUUGUAAUGAAUAAAAUAUCAUUCAGCAUUAUAGUCAAAGUGUUACAACACUUUCAUAAUGCAAAUGUCUGCAUGUAGUAUGCCUUGUCAUGCUCAUAAUGUGCAUGAUUGCUCUUGCAUCUUGCAAUGGUGAAGAAUUCAUUAAAAACUCCUGGAGCCA